AUGGGGAUGUUAGAAUUAUUCUCUUUUGAAGGCUGCUUCCUAGAUGGGCUGGGAGCGAGUGAGUGUUAAAAGCUUUCUGGAAAGCCCCCUGCAAACCAGUGAGCACCAGACAAUAAUGGAUGGUUUUGGGAGAUCUACCAAAGAUAUAUACAGCUAACUGUCCUUUCUGGAGGAAAGAACAAUUUAACAUUUUUAGUGAGGGGAGGGUGGUAAUGGGAAAUCUAUAAAGUCUGAUCUGCUUCUGCUCCGUAAUUGACGGUCCUAGAGUCACCCCUCCCCCACCCCCGCCCCUAACUGAGAGAUUAUGUAAUUUGCUCAAGGUCAAAAGUCAGAGGGCAGAACUAGAACUCAGAGGCAACCACUUUAGGAGGCCAGCCCAGAACCUCUCCCCGCCCUAGAACCCAUCCCCAAAGCCGAACCCCAAAAGCUCGAGAUCCGGGUCCGGUGGCCAAAACAGGAUCGUCGUCGGCCAUAUCGCUCCACCUAGCACGCUGGAGCGCUCGCAAGCCAGCCGCCAGGAUGCUGGCAUCCGGGUUAAACGCGAGGCGGCGGCUGAGGCGGGGAUGGCGGCCAGUACGGACGCGGGCCAGGGCCAGGGCCAGGGCCAAAGGGCGGGCUCCAGCGGGUUGGGGCGUCGCGGGACGGGCAGGAGCGUUGGGAUUUCGGGGUUCGAGAUGAGCUCCUUCUCUGCUUCGUUGGGCGGGUCCAGGACGGCCUGCUCCAAUGCCCUGGAGCCCGCUCUUGCCUCUGCUCUUGCCUCUGCUCCCGCCUCUACUUUGGUCUCCGCCUCCGCCCCCGCCUCCGUUUCCACCUCCGGCCCCCUCCCGGCCAUGGCGGGCCGCUACGGGUUGUCUGUGCGGGAUCUGAACGAACUGCUGUCGGAGGGCGGCUGCUACAGCCUUCCGAGCGAGUCCUGCAACGAGGUGACCCCCAGGAUCUACGUGGGCAAUGCGACUGUGGCGCAGGACCUCGCCAGGCUGAAGCAGUUGGGGAUUACGCAUGUACUGAAUGCUGCCGAGGGUUUGUCCUUCAUGCAUGUGAACACCAAUGCCCAGUUCUAUGAAGGUACCAACAUCACCUACCUUGGCAUCAAAGCCAACGACACAGAGGAGUUCAACCUUAGUGCUUACUUUGAGAAGGCAGCAGACUUCAUCGGCAGUGCCCUGGCCCAGAAGAAUGGCAAGGUGCUCGUCCACUGCCGAGAAGGUUACAGCCGCUCGCCUACUCUGGUCAUCGCGUACCUCAUGCUUCGCCAAAAGAUGGACGUCCGCUCUGCGGUGAGCAUCGUGAGGCAGAACCGGGAGAUCGGCCCCAAUGAUGGUUUCCUGAUGCAGCUCUGCCAGCUGAAUGAGAGACUAGUUAAGGAGGGAAAAUUGUAACCCACUAAGAAUCCAAGGCGAGGCCGGGGGAGUCCCCGAGCAGUUCCCAAGCAUGCUGCCCCAGCAGGUUAGGUUAUACCACAGGCACCUUUCCAAGCACUCGUUUUAGGACCUUCCAGGGAGCCCUUCUGAAAGAGGUUCCCUGCCCUGCUCACCCGCCGGGGGAGACCUCGGGGGAGGGAGCUUCCUCAGAAGGCUCAUUCCUGGUAACUCCCUGUGAAUCGUAACGUUUUCCCCUGCCCCUGCGGUGGGGCUCCGACCCGACAGCCCAGGGGCGUUUGUCUUCACCUCACCCUGGCACAGAGCCGGAAGCCGGUCAGUGUUGGGGUCCCUUUAGAAUCCAAGAUGAGCAAACCUGGUAGAGGUGCCUUUCCCCAGGGCCUGGCCCUUAGCACUUCCAAGCCCUGGACAAGCCUCUCCGAGGAGGCAAUGGCCUUCUUACCCCCGGUGGCCUCCUUUUCCCCCCAAGCCUGGGCACUCCCAGACCUGCCCCACCGGCCUCCACUCUCUUCUCGGGGCAGCCUGGGCCGGGCGGCAGAGCUAGGAAGCACCCCUUACCCCUUGUCUCAGUGAGCCCCGGGAUGCUGGUGACUGGGGGGUUCCCAUGAAAAAAGUGCCUUAAGUUAAAGGCAUCUAGAGGAAAAGCGAACGUUAAAAAGGAAGAGAAAAUGAAGGGGAUUUGUCCUCUUUUCCCUGUUCCCCGUAAUGUUGAUGCAAAUCCUUGGGAAUCUUGAAUCCAGAACUGGUUUCAUUGGCAGUUUUUGCCCCUCCUCUGCUCCUCGUUUGUUACAAGAGUGGUGUUGGCCUCUUUAUAUUAGCGCCCCACCCCUCCCAGGCCCAGACUCUGUAACUGUCUCACCAUUUGGAGGGUUUUGCAGUAGGUGACAGAGAUGAUGGGCAUCUGGAUGUUCUUUUCAGGUUGGUUUCUAUUUAGAGUUUAGGGUGAGGGCAUCCUCCAGUAAUAGAUGUGCAUGUGUCUGUCCCCUUUGGGAGCCUGGCAGCAGGGAGAGAGGGCCCAGGUUAAUUAGAGCGAGGGUGAUUCCCCCGCAGGUUCUUGGGGAGUUGGGGAGUUCUUCACACUUUCAUUUGAUCUUUAAGAUUACUGGAACCUUUCAAGCAGCCACCAGAAAUAAAAUAUAUUGUCGUGACUGAA